AUGCUACUUAGCUUGUACACCCAUAACGCGGACGUUGUGUUUGGCAUUACACGGUUAGGACGGACAACUCCAGUGCCGGGGAUUGAAGAGCUACCCGAGCCUACGGUAGCCUCCUUUCCUGUAAGGUUCCUGCUAUGUCCAGAUGACGCCGUAUCCGACGCUAUUGGGAAGAUACAAAGUCUGGCCAGAGAAAGAGCCUCAUUUGAGUAUGCUGGUCUACAGCACAUAGGAUGCAUUGGGCAAGAUGCUGCGAACGCUUGCCAGUUCCAAAGUAUGUUGUGCAUCCGACAAGGGAGCACAAAGGUGACCAAGAUGUUUGAACAGUGGCAUGUGUUAACUCAUGCAACAUGUUUGACUCAUGCGCUAGGCCUGGAUAUCCAACUACAAUCGAGGGAAUUAUCAGUAGAAGCGAACUUUGAUCCAAAAGUUCUGCCGCAAGCUGAGGCACAAACAAUGCUGCACCAGCUUAGGCGCAUUUUCCGACAAGUUGAGCGUCAUCCGAGCCAUUGCUUGAAGAACAUUGACUUGGUCAGCCCGGAAGAUAGGCUACAGUUACAAACCUGGAAUGGGAGUUUACCACAGGCUCUAGAGGUCUGCGUGCACGAAGCAAUCCAAGAACAGUGCUUGGCGCGUCCUGACUCCAUAGCUGUCUCUGCGUGGGAUGGUAGUUUCUUAUACUGCGAGCUUGAUACUUAUUCUACCGUUCUUGCAAGAAAAUUGGCUGGCUACCAGGUUGGCCCGGAUGUCUUCGUUCCCGUAUAUUUCGAGAGGACCCAUUGGACUACAGUUGUGAUGCUGGGUAUCCUCAGAGCUGGCGGUGCCUUGCUGCUGAUGGAUCCAUCACAUCAGAUUGAACGCCUACGAGAGAUCUGUCGGGAUGCACAAGCAUUCAUCGUUCUUGCCUCAACGGCUACCAAGUGUCAGGAUAGUCGGUUUGGACCAAAGGUUUUAGCGAUUGGCGAUAAUGAAACAGAUUGGAGGCAGUCCAACGGCACAUACCGCAAGUCCCACACCAGAGAAUGCUCUGUAUGCCGUUUUCACUUCGGGCUCCACGGGGAAGCCAAAGGGCGCAGUGUUAUCCCAUCGAUGAUUUUACACAAAUUUUCAAGCCAAUGGCCUGGCGUUUGGUCUUGGCCAGCACUCUAG